AUGCUGAGCCAGCACCAAAGUGAACCCGAACUGGACUCUGGCAGCAGUCGAACAUUUGAUGAAUGUGUGGCAGCAGCAGCAGCAGUAGAAGUAGCAGCAGCANNGGCAGUGGCGUUUUACAUACCCGACCAGGCGACUCUGCUGCGCAAGGCGGCGCAACAGGAGCAGGAGCUGCUGCGCCUACGCGACUCCCAGUGGCGCUUCCUGGCCACCAUCGUGCUCGAGACCCUACGCCAGUUCAUGGACAGUGCGCCCAGCCAGUGCCUUCCACGGUCGGUGGCCGGCCGCAAGUGCAGCAAAUACCGCAAGCCUUCACAGUGAGCAGUUCCGAGAGAGAUAGAGAGAGCCGAGGAGCGGAGAGGAGCGCCAAGCAGCAGCAGCAAAGAGAAGAGAACUACAAUCCAGUCCAGAAUUCCAAGUACAAAGUGGAAAACCCCAGUCAUGAAUCAGCCACACCUCUGUCCAGGAUAUUCAUAUAUUUCAACCUGCCCAAUACCACCCGACUACCACUGCCCCAGGACUCCCACCCGACAAACCUCUUUAUAGUUUACUCAUCAAAGCGAUUGUGAUAAUGGUUUUGUUUCUACGAAAAAAUUAUACAACAAAAAAUGUCCCUAAAGAAUAUUUUCACACAAAAAAGAAAAACAUUUUGUACGGAAAACAAAAAAAUAGUUUCUCUAGCAAUAAUUUCAGUUAAGUUAAGCAUAUUUUAAUGAAUUCCCGACUCCCAACUCGAUGUAUAUUUAUGUAAUCUGAAAUAGUUUGUAAGAUCAAUUGUAAGCGAUAUUAUUUUUUUCCAAGUUUUUUAUGUCAAGAACAAAACACGAAACAAGAAGAAUACUGAAACGAAUGUCGACGCUGAAGGUUGGCCAGAAAUUGUAUCAAUUUUUUGCCAAACAUAAAAGUCAAUAAAACAAACAAUGAGAAAAUGUA